AUGAUUCUCUCUUUCAACUACACCGCCGCCGUGCAUGAUGGGACCCUCGAGUACUUUCACUUCGGAUUCGUCAUUGUCAUCGUCGUAAAUAUCAUUGCGUGAGUAAUCUAUCCGAAUUUGAACAAGAAGCCAUUUGAAGCCAUUCCCAGAAUUUAUUGUCAACGUCAUGGGCCAAUUCGUAGUUGUGCUCAAGGAAAACAAUAUAGUUUCUUUUCUCAGAAUUCUCUACUAUCUGCUGAAUGUGUGGAUCGACAUCAGAAUCGGAAAGUUCGACACGAACGUCGUCAAGAUCCACCAGUUCAUCUACAUAACGUGCCCGAUCGGUUCGGUCGUUCUGAUCGUUCAAAAAGUGAUGAUCUUGAUCGGAGAGCCAGCCGGAUAUGCCUUCGACAACGAGACAUUCCAAAUGCUGCACCAUUUGAGAACGUCCACAGUGUUCCCCGGUUAGGACCCUUCCCUUCUGUCGGAGAAAUCCCACUCUUUCAGGCCUGAUUUGUUUGAUGGCGUUCGUGAUCGAACGGUUUUUUGCCACGUGUCUUCUGAAGGACUACGAAAAGAAAAACCGUUGGUGGAUUGGAAUAUCCAUUGGAAUCGGUCUUUACACAAUCAGCGGUCUUCUGGCCUACUCGUUAGCUUUGGGUGAGUGUGGGGGAUAAGGGAGAAAACAUGUUUUCAUUUCAGUUGCCACGAGUCUUUAUCACACAAUAUUUCUACUCCUUCUCAGUACUACAAGUUGUGUGGUCAGUUUGACUGAAGAUCAAACGACCGAAAGCGAAAACAUUUCAGGGGAACGUACUAAACUACAAACUGAAUAGAAAGUACUACAAAAGGUGUCAACAGAGCUUCGAUGGAACUUACUCUUUGGCAGAGAGAUAUCAGAUCUCUGAUAACAUUCAUUUCUCGUUUGUAUGUUCCUAUGAGUACUGUUUCCUCAUCUCUUUUUCCAGUUCUUCAACCGCUUCGCCUCCAGCAUCUUCUUCUUCACCGUCCUUUGUCCUCUUCUGAUGCUCGCCGCCAGUUUUGACAUCGAGCUUUGCUACCGUAAUCUUUUCAUCACUCUCUUCGAACUCAGCUACAGUGUGUGAGUUCAGUAACGUCCGAAGGCCCGUUGUCUAGUGUUUCCUCUUCAGUUAUACAAUAUUCACUCCAUACAUCAUUUACAAAUUCAACCCUCGUUGGCAUCAAGAGUUCCGACGGAUAUUCAAUCGAGUAGGAGUCUUUUCUCCGUUUCCUUCUGGAGCCAUUCGACUCAUUUUCAGUUAACAGACCGUCUACGAACAAAACGAAUCAAUGUGACCGAAUCUUUCAACGAUCCGAACGGCAUCCGUCUGCGAAACACGUUCGGAGUCGAGAUGAACAUUGAGAUUAAAAGGCAGUCGGACACUUACUUCGAUCAAUUGCAAUCCUCGUGGAAUUUGCCCAAGGGAACCUCCAGAUUAGCAUAA